AUGCAUAUCCCCAACGUCUCCUUACUCCCCCUCUCCCUCAUCCUCUUCUCAGCUACUCAAACUCUCGCCCAAACAUCCACAGACUGCGACCCAACCAAGAAAUCCUGCCCAGCAGACACCGCACUCUCCGAGUCAGUCUACACCCACGACUUCACCACCGGCGCCGACGAUGAGAACUGGAAGGUCACUGCUGGCGAUGUGAAGUACACGUCGAAAGGAGCGGAGUUCACCAUCAACAAAGCCGGCGAUGCACCCACUAUCCAAUCGAACUGGUACAUCUUCUUCGGCAGCGUGAGCUUCGUCAUGAAAGCUGCACCCGGCAAGGGCGUAGUGAGCAGUGCCAUUCUGGAGAGUGAUGAUCUAGAUGAGGUGGAUUGGGAGUGGCUGGGUGGACAACCCGGGAAUGUGCAGACAAACUACUUCGGCAAAGGCAACACCACAACCCACGACCGCGAAGUCGACGCCCCAAUCCCCGACACCCAAUCCACCUCCCACAACUACACCAUCGCCUGGACCUCCACCUCCACAACCUGGCUCGUCGACGGCACCCCCAAACGCACACUCUCUUACUCCGACGCAAACGGCGGCUCAAACUACCCGCAAACCCCCAUGAACGUCCGUAUCGGCAUCUGGGCCGGCGGCGACCCCAACAACGCGCCAGGCACCAUCGAGUGGGCCGGCGGCGAAACGGAUUACAGCGCUGCGCCUUUUACGAUGGUGGUGGAGAAGGUGGAGGUGCGGAAUCAGAAUCCGGGGGAGAGUUAUAUGUAUGGGGAUAUGAGUGGGGGGUUUGAGAGUAUUGUUGUUGAUGGCGGGGAUGGGAAAGUGAAGAAGAGUGGGAGUGAGGAUGGUGGGGAGAAGAGUUCGAGUGCGAGUAGUUCGGGGUUGAAGACGGAGGCUAGUCCGAGCGCGAGCGCGAGUGCGACGGUUAAUGUUAAUGUGGAUGGGGGUGUGGGUGGUGAGCAUGCUAUGGAGACGGGGAAUGUUACUGGCAGUGCGAGUAUGGCUAGUGUGACGCCGACGGGAAGUGCGACGGGCAGUGCGGCUGUAGCCGAGCAGACUGGUGAGUCUGGUGCUGUGUCGGGCAAGAGCUUAGGUGGAGGGCUCUUGGUGCUCAGCGCCAUUACUGCGAUGCUCUGGAUUUAG